AUGGCAGCACCAAAUGCUAAUUCGUCUUACACAGGACCGAAUCGAACAACCCAAGGCAGUCUAUACUCAUCGGGUAACGCUCCUGCGGCUCAAGGACAAGGCAAUCUUCCUGUUCGACUGGCUCCCAACCCUGCCGCUCAAGCACCAGGAAACUUCCAGUAUCAAUCACCCCAAACCUUUAAGCCUCCAGCACCACUCGGUUCUCCGUAUCAACUAUUGCCCAACUCCGCAGCUCGAGUAUCAGGCAAGGCCCCAUGGGCAUUAUCGCCCAACUCUCUCUCUCCAGCACUAGGCGCUCCUCCGAGUCGACCGUUAUCCAAUUCUGCAGCCCGACCACCAGGAAACAUCCAGUAUCAAUUACCACAAACCUUCACGCCUCAAGCACCACUUGGUUCUCCGUAUCCACUAUCGCCAAACUCCGGAGCUCGAGUAUCAGGCAAUGCCCCCUGGGGGUCAUCGCCCAACCCUGCCGCUAUAGCACUAGGCGCUGCUCCGAAUCGACCGUCAUCCAACUUCGCGGUUGGAGCACAGGUACCGACCAAUGCUGCGUAUCAGGUACAGCCCAAUGCUGGUUAUCAGGUACAGCCCAAUAGCUCGGUUUCUGUGGCCCGGGCUCCAAUACAAAAAGUUCGAAGAGUCGAUAUAGCUGUCAUGGGACCGACUGGCUCUGGAAAAUCUACUUUCAUCCGCGCAGUCAGCGGCAACAACAACGUAAUCGCGUCUCGAGGGAUGAAGUCUUGUACGCAGGAAGUUGCAAAUUAUACCUUUUGUUACAAGGGCUACAACGUAAACCUCAUUGAUACGCCUGGGUUCAGCGAUACAUAUCGAUCUGAGCCGGAGGUGCUCGACAUUCUUUCACGCUGGCUAAGGGACUCGUACAAGGAUCACAAACUGUCCGGCGUAAUAUACUUCCAGCCCCUUCCAACCAAAGUAGUCGGCUCGUUCCUACUUAACCUGUCGACGUUUGAACAGCUCUGUGGGCCAGAGCCGCUCAAGAACGUGGUACUCGUAGGCAGCCACUGGGAUGUGAUGGCUUGCUACGACAAAGGGACCGAAGAACAACGAUGGUCGGAGUUGGUCGACGAGUUUUGGGCAGAAAUGAUACACGGUGGAGCUUCCACCAGGAAGUUGAACUGCCGCGACGCUUCGAGUGGUCUCAAGGUCAUCGAGCUGCUUCUGUCCAACUUACCGACACCACUACAAAUCCAGCGUGAAAUGGUCGAGCAAGGCAAAGCCAUCAUCGAAACAGGAGCGGGCCAAGUUGUUAACGCAGAACUGCUUAAGCAAGAAAGGUUCUAUCAAAAAAAGAUCAAGAGCAUUGCGAAGGAGUACCGAACAGCAGACAGGCAAAGGCAGGAACAACUCUGUAGUCAACAGCAGAAAGUGCAUGAUGCGCUGAACAAACUCCACGAUACCCGGGAUGAGCUAGCAGCGAUAGGAGAGGAGAACCAACAGCUGAAGCAAGAGAUGGUGGAGCUGAAGGAGAAGAUACAGGAUGCACCCGAUGCGGAAGAAAUGAUUCGGCAAAUUGAAACCCUCAUGCGGCGGUUGCGUGAGGAGAGGAGGUUGCGUAGGUGCGAUCAAGUGAGAAUGGAAGGAGACAUUGCUAAACUCAGGGACAUGGACCGGAAGGCUGGGUCGACGUGGCGUAGUGUACGGGACUUCGGCUUGGAAAUCUUUAAGAGUCUGGCUCCUAUUGGGUUCACGUACUUGCUGGGCACGGGCAAGUAA